UCAGACGAGUUAAUUUGACGUUUCUUUCGUGCAAUACAAGUAGAAUACAAGGCAAUCACAAUACAGCAGUUUGAUGUUUUAUUACUCUAAAAUAAAGUUUUAUACAAUGCCUUAAACAUGUAUACUUUACUACACGGUUUUUACAAAUAUGUAGUGCAGAAAGACGAGUACUGUGUAUUAAUUUUAGGGCUGGACAAUGCUGGGAAAACGACGUAUCUGGAAGCUACUAAGACUAAAUUUACGAAGAAGUACAAGGCUAUGAACCCUAGUAGAAUAACAACAACGGUUGGACUAAACAUAGGGAAAAUAGACGUCGAUGGAGUCAGACUCAACUUUUGGGAUCUAGGUGGACAGCAGGAGCUGCAGUCGCUGUGGGAUAAAUACUAUGCUGAAUGUCAUGCAGUGAUCUACAUAGUAGAUUCUUCAGACAGAGAAAGAGUAUCAGAAUCAAAAGAGACUUUUGACAGAAUGAUAGCAUCGGAACACCUGUCUGGAGUCCCACUACUGGUGCUGGCGAAUAAACAAGACAUUCCAGACUGCAUGGGCGUGCACACUGUCAAACCCAUAUUUAACCAGAACGCACACCUCAUCGGGGCCAGAGACAUCAUGCUGAUGGCGACAUCCGCUCUUACAGGUGAUGGUGUGGACGAAGGCAUCCGGUGGCUAGUGGAUUGCAUAAAGCGGAACAGUAUAGAUCGGCCCGCGCGCAACCAAGAAGACAGCAUAUAGACGCCAGUUAGCACGCGCGUAUUCACGCGGCGCAGGCGACAGCGAUGAAUAAUAAUGAGUAUUCCUAUUAAGAUAAUGAUGUGACUCGCUCAUUGUUUUGUACAUACUGUAUCAAUAAAAUAAAACGUACUAGAAAUGUC